AUGGCCGGUUUUCUUUGGAACCUUGCGACUAAGCAGGCUCCUGGUAGUAUAAGGUCGCUUAUUGCCACCAGAAACGCCGCUCAAAUCCCAUCCAUCCAUUCUGUUCCUCAUGUGAGAACCGCUUCUCCAAAAAUCAACCACUGUUUGGAAUCAGCCAACGAAAGAAAAGUCCUUUUGGCCAGACCCGGUGUUCUAGGUAUAAAAAGAGGUAUGAUUUCCUGGUUCACGAAAACUGGUAUGCAAUAUGCUGCUACCGUGCUUGAAGUCGACUCGUGCGAGGUGAUUUCCAAUAAGACUCACAGCAAAGACGGCUACUCAUCUGUGCUUCUAGGCCAAAAGGAUAAGACCAAGAACGUCACCAACCACGAGGUCAAGAUCUGUAACGAAGCUGGUGUCACCACCAAGGCCAACUAUGGUGAGUUCAGAGUAAGAAACGAUGAGUGCCUCAUCGAGCCAGGCGUGGAGCUCACAGCUGACUAUUUCGCUGUGGGCCAGCUUGUGGACGUCAAGUCGACCACAAAGGGUAAAGGUUUUGCUGGUGUGAUGAAGAGACACGGAUUCAAGGGUCUUUCAGCUACUCACGGUGUGUCUUUGGCGCAUAGAUCUGCUGGUUCCAUGGGUCCUACUCAAGAUCCCGGCCGUAUCUUGCCAGGCAAGAAGAUGGCAGGUCGUAUGGGUGGAAAGAGCUGUGUUUCCAUGAACCUCGAAGUUUUGCAUGCUGACGGCGACAACGGUGUCUUGGUCGUCAAGGGACAAGUGCCCGGCGGUAACGGCUCCUACGUGAAAAUAGCCGAUUCCAAGAAGUUGUACGGUCAGUCGUUGAUUCGUUUGAGACAGAAGGAGAGCGAGUAA